GUAAGCAUCUUUCUCUUGUGUUAUAAUAUGUAAGUAAUGGGAAGGACAUUCGCAGCUUGUCUUUCUCCAUUUCACCAAAGAAAAUGCAUCUUUCAUAUUACAAAUAGUGAAACUAUGGCUCUCUUUGCUUCAUUCACCAAAGAAAUCAAGAAUCUCCAAUCAUCACUACUAUCCAACAAUUCUUUAACUCUUCAAUGGUGUGUAGAAGCCAUGACUCUACUGAAAAAACUCCACUCUCAAUUUCUUCUCAUCAUAUUGGAGAAAUCAAAGGGAAUACAUUUUACAUGGAUCAAUGAUGACAUGUUGAAUCUAUACAUGAAUGAGAGUUUAAACAUCAUGGAGCUUUGUAACAUGUUGAAGUCAUCAAGUUUUAAGAUCAACAUGUAUCAUUUAACAAUUGAUACUACAAUCAAGAAUCUAAAUCAUCAUGAGGCUAAAGCAUUUGCCAGUAUGCAACCAAUUGUACAAAGAGACAACAAGAGUAUUCUUAUUCAAGAAAUGCAAAGAGAUUGUUGUUCAAGUUUGGUUUGCACAAUUAGAGUUGCAAUGAGUUUAUUAUCUUACAUUCUUUUGAAUGUUUUUAUGUAUCCAACUAAGAAUUAUAAGGUUGAAGUUGUUGAUAGGAUUUGUUGCAAGUACUCUUCUCCAAUUAAGUCAUUCAAGGACUCAGUUAAUGAACUUGCCACUGAAUUUCAAAGGAAAUAUUACAAAGAUGGAGAAAGGGGAGUAAUAAGAUUUUAUGAGUAUGAAGAAAUGGAGAAGGCAAUAGUGGAAGCAAAAGAAAAGUUUAAAAGUGGAUAUGAAGAAGAAGAAAUAAAGAGAAUUAAAGAUGUUAUUUUUCAGAAAUCUAUAGCUCUAAAGCCUGGUUUGGAGAAGUUUGAAUUACAAGUUGAUCAAGUAUUUGAAGAGGUGCUAAAAGGAAGGAAUAAAUUGCUCCAAAUGGUUGGUAAAGCCAAUGGAAUUUUUAGAUAAGUCAUACUUUACUUCUUGUAUAUAUUUCUUCUUCAUUUUUUUUCAAGGGCAGAGUUGGUUAAUAUAUAUAUAUAUAUGGUCCACUUUAUAUGACAUUAUCAUCGUAACUUUCUAAUUAACUAUUAAUUAUAUAAUA